AUGAAUCGACUUAGAGUCCUCAGGAAUUUUACAUUACCUAAAUUGUUUACCAGAAUCAGUUGUUUAGCCUUACCUUAUUUAAUCUAUAAUUAAUAUAGAAAUUAACCUAUUCAUUGUUCUAAUGAAAGUAAAUCAUAUUCUAUAUCACUUUCAAAGUACGAUAAAUGAAUUAAUAAAUCUUUGUUUAAAAUGUUCUUGGAAAUAGAUAAGAUUAUUUCUUUUUGGUUAUCUAUAAAGAUGAAAUUGAUGGAGGAUAUGGUGAAAGAGAAGCCAUUGAAGUAGCCAAAAAAUUGUAAUAAAUAUCAGAUAAACUAUAAAUUAAUUGUAUUAUAUUUUAUAUAAUUUAGGUCAUAUUUACACUGUUUCUAGACCAUCUUUAAAAUCUAUCACUAAAUUAGUCAAUAGUGUUAAAAAUAUAAAGAUAUAUGAGGAAGAUGAUUUUUAGAAAAUUGAAAUAUUUUUUAAAACUCCUCAUUCAGAUGAUUAUGUUUACUUUCCUUUUAAAAAACACAACUUUUAUCAAGAAAAUAAUUUAGAUAAAAUUUUGUAAUACCUAUUAAUCACAAUAGAACACGAGUAUCGAGAUUUUUUGAUUUGUACUAAACUGUUACAACAAAGGAAUAGUUCGAAUCUAUUAUUUUAGAAAGUUAUUAUUAAUUAGAUUCUCCUGUUUUUAUUAAAUCUAAUAGCAAUGAUGCUAAAGUUAAAUAAUUUAAGAAAAUAUCCUUUUAGUUUUUAGAAAAGAAAACUAUUAAUUAAAACUCUAAAUUUUUAAUUAUAGAAAAUAAAGAAUUAUGUUAAUAAUUAAAUUUAAAAGAUGAUGAUAUUCUAUUAUUCAGAAAUGACAUCUUAUAAAAAUAUUAAAAUUGCAUAAUCAAUGAAAAAAAUUAAAUUAUACCCCAAUUCAUAAAUUAUAAAGAAAUUAAUAAUUUGAAAUAUGAUUCUUUUAAUGAAUGGAAAUAAUAAAAUAAUAAACUUCAAUCAAAUACAGAUCUUGAUAAAAAACAAUUAAAAAAUCAAUUUACAUUUGAACUUUAAUAAUUUAGUUUACCUAGAGUUUUUUAUUUGAAGAAUAGUAGAAAAAGUAGUAUAGCUGCAUUUAUUAGAAAAAUUCAAAAUCAUAAAAAUCAAAAUGAUAAAUUAGUUGUUAGUCUACAAUUAGAUCCUAAACAUUAAAAUAGAUUAGAUGUAUAUUAAUUUAUUAUUAUAAUUAUUAGAAUCAUAUAAGAAUAUCUUUAUUUUUUAAACUUUAUGAUAAAUAUAAGGAUAAAUUAGAAUUUGUUAUAUCAGCAACAAAUUAAUUAGAAGAAUUGUUGCCUCACCUUAACAAAUUUUAAAGCAAGUUUGUUCUCUUUAAUAUUUUUAAUUCUAUAUCAUAUUCAAAAUAAUUAUUUCCAUAAACAGCUAAACUCUAUGAAAAAUAUUUUUUAAAAGAUACAUAAUUUGUAGAGAGAUUUGAAGUAAUUGAUUAACAAUUAAAUAAUUUACUUUAAUAAACUUCUUAAGAGAGAAUAAAUAAUAUUGAUUACUUAUCUUAGGAUCUUGAUAAGAUUUAGGAAAUUAAUUUAGAUUAUUUCAAUUUCCUUAAUAGUAAUCAAAAUAAUAAUAAGCAAAUAAUUUUAUAUUAUUAAAAUGAUGCUAUGACAGAAGCCUUAUUAACUAUUUUAAAAGAUAUAAAAACAAAGUAUUUAUUAUAAAAUAUAUUUAGUUUAAAAAUUUACACAAUAUCUAGUUUAAAUUAGAUUCCAGCACUUUAUACAUCCUUUCCAAAUUAAAAUGUAUUGAUAUUGAAUGGCACUGCCAUAGGAUUUCCAAAAACAAUUGAUUAAAAUUUAAACGAAUUAAGAGUUGUUAUAGAGAAUUUUAUGAAAUAAUAUUUAUGA